UCUUUUGUGAUGCAUGUGACACUAAGGGACACUACAUUUCUUAUAUAUGUUCGACAUGCUGCGUCAUGGUCCAUAAGGAUUGCACUUCACUCCCACGCAUUAUCAAAUUUUCACGACAUGAUCACUGCCUAUUUCACAAAUAUUUUCUUGAAACACAGGAAUUUACAACGCAAGACUGCAAGAUUUGUUUCAAAGAAGUGAAAGUAGAGCGUGGGAGUUACUCUUGUGUGAAGUCCGGUUGCAAUUACAUUGUUCACGUGAAAUGUGCCUUGGAGGAUGACAGAUUUUACGAGGUGGUUGAGCGAGAAAGCCAAUGCGAGGAGCUCUAUGGAAGUUCAGCUGAGUCUACGCAGUCUUCCAUCACUCGCGUUGUUGAGGUGAGUGAAGAUGGGGAAGCCACAAAGAUUGAACAUUUCAGUCAUGAAGGUCAUUGCUUGGUGUUAGCAGACAAGAUGGAGGAGGAAACUGAUAGAAGAUGUGAUGGGUGCAUGCUACCUGUCUCAACUCUGUUUUAUUAUUGUUCUGAAUCAGAAUGCCAUUUCUAUCUCCACAAAAACUGUGCCGAGCUGCCAAGAGUAAAGCAUCAUUGGUUUCGUCAAUCUCCAGCCACUCUCGACUCCACAAGCUUCAUGUGGUGUGACUUGUGCAAACGACCUUGUAGCGGUUUCUUCUACGAAAUCGAAGGAUAUUUAGAAGUUUGCUUAAGGUGUGCUGACGUACCUGACGUGAUUGAAUUUCAAGGACACGAGCACUUGCUGUUUUAUGAUUUCAAAUGCAGGGAGCGAUGCAAUGGUUGUGGCGCUGACCCAGGUGAAGAAGGUGCAUUCAGAUGUGGAAAGUGCAGUUUUACUUUGGAUUUCAAAUGCUUAUCAUUACCACAAUCAGUUGUUCACAAAAUUGAUGAACAUCAGCUAAACCUCACCUAUCACGAUGAUAAUGAUUAUUCAAAGCAUCUUCGUUGUGAUAUAUGUGAAGGAAAAAGAGACCGGAGCCUCUGGUAUUAUUGUUGUUCGAUCUGUGAUACUUCUGCUCAUCCCGAUUGUAUUCUUGGAGAAUUUCCAUUUCUCAAGGAUGGGAUCACAUUGCCUCGUUAUCUUCACAGACAUCAUCAUGAUGUUCGGUUUCUUAGGAAGGCUGAGGACCACCCUAGCUGCUCGUUUUGCGGUCAGCGUUGCCGAAGAGAAAUUCUCAAGUGUACUGAGUCUACGUGCAACUAUAUUGCUCACUUCGAAUGUCGGUGGGGUAGAGUCUAA